UAAAAACCCAUUGAUCUUCCUACGCACUAAACCUCAGCUCACAUUUCUUUCCCUUCUUCUCUUUCAAUUCUCUUAUCCCAACCGAAUCGCAUUUCUUUGAUUGAACUGCCGGGACGAAAUAUGGACAAUAACAUUUCCAGCGAAAACCAAGAGCAAGAAGAACAAGUAGUAAAUCCAUGGGAAGUUUCGGCAAAAGGCAAAAUCGACUACGACAAGCUCAUUGAAAAGUUUGGUUGCCAGCGCCUUGACCAGUCGAUAAUUGAUCGUGUUGCCCACCUCACUGGACGCCCACCUCAUGUCUUCCUCCGCCGCGGUGUGUUCUUCGCACACCGAGAUUUUAAUGAGAUUCUGGAUGCCUAUGAAAGAGGGGAGAAGUUUUAUUUGUACACAGGACGUGGUCCUUCGUCGGAGGCCUUGCAUUUGGGCCAUCUCGUUCCUUUCAUGUUUACCAAGUACUUACAGGAUGCCUUUAAGGUGCCACUCGUGAUACAGCUAACUGAUGAUGAGAAGUGCAUGUGGAAGAAUUUGACAGUGGAGGAGAGCCAGAGAUUGGCAUGUGAAAAUGCUAAAGAUAUAAUUGCUUGUGGAUUUGACGUUUCAAAAACAUUUAUAUUCUCGGAUUUUGAUUAUGUUGGUGGUUCGUUCUACAAGAACAUGGUUAAGAUUGCAAAAUGUGUCACAUAUAAUAAGGUAGUUGGUAUUUUUGGUUUCACUGGUGAAGAUCACAUUGGAAAAGUUAGCUUUCCACCUGUUCAGGCUGCUCCAUCCUUUCCGAGUUCAUUUCCACAUCUCUUCGCCGGUAAACAUAAUCUUCGAUGCUUGAUUCCUUGUGCAAUUGACCAGGGAGAGCUUGAGGAUAAUAAUCCUAGGAAUAUUACAAAAAAUGGGAGAGCAGGAAAUUGAUGCAAGUUAUGGAAAUAAUAUUGUUCAUCGACAGCUUGGUCAAUGAUUCUUUUCUGUAGUCUGGUGGGACAAAAUUCUUCAGUGAUAUGAGAUCUUCAACAUACUAUAUAGUUUGCCAAGUUUAGGCCAGUGUAGUGAUCUCGAAGACUCAGGUUCUUAAAGUUAAAGCUACUUGUCUGCCAAAGAGUGGAGUUCAGGGAGAUUUUGUUUCAGAAUAGAGAUUGUUGGCCAUAUGGAGAGAUUGUCUAUCAAAGGUUAGGCAUAUGGAGAAAUUGUUGAAAUUAUGUUUGCAAAUGUUGAUAUUUACAUCUGUUCAUUUAUUUGGAAUCUAGCAGAUGUUGGCCCGUAAAGAGAUGUCAAAUUACUCAUUGUUUACUCAUUUGCUUGUUACACUUGUACUAGUGUUGCCAAAAGAAACAGAGGGUCAACAUGUAAGUUAGUGGGACACAAAGUAUAUCUAAAACAUACAUUCAUGGCAAGAGGAUGUAAGUGGUUAGGAGAAUUUGUUUCAUAUUGAGUAGUGGGCUAAUUUUAAGGAGUGCUUGCUGGUGGUUGUAGCUUUUUUACAUUGGCCUUUUUAGAGGACAUACAACUUGGAUUAUCAGAAAUAGUUUAUGUCCGGGGAUUCUCCUCUUUGGUUAUGUUGUGUCAUUUGAACUAUCCAAAUGCCAAAUCUCUUUACUUGUUCUUAACUUUUGUAACUUUAUGGUAAAUGACUCGUUAAGCGAUAGCUUUGUUCGAUCAGUUUUUAGCUCCUUCGCUUUCCUUUCCUCUUUUGAUGAAUCUUUCAUUCAAUUCAAGAUUUGAACCUUUCUACAAUUAUUCAAAAUGUAUUUAUUAUAAACUCGGGAAGGAAAGAGGAACUGGUCCAGCUUUCUAGCUAUUAAUGUCUUUUUCGUGCUUGUCCUUUUUCUUUCUUUCCUAUUUGAUCUAGUUAAUAUCCUAAUCUGUUUAGCCUUACUUUUUCUUCUUCUUCUUCUUCUU